UUCACUUUUAUUAUUUGUUACUGUUCACCUUGCUCUCUAUUUUAGUAAUAUGACCUUACAAACAGGGCUGAGGCCUUUGUUGCCACAAAAUCGCGUCUGUCAUCAGUAUGUCUACAAGCCCAUCAUUUGUGCUCUACUGAAGACAAAGUGUAUGGCAGCAUUAGUGUACAGACGCGAUGGGGGGGGGACGAAUGUGGACGACCAUAGCGAUAACUUCUCAGACCUUCCGUGCUAGAAAUGUCUCAGUUUGGGCUCCAGUCCGCCUUCCCGAGUUCGCUCUUGAUUCCUCAUUCAUGGAUGAUUAAUCCACCCCAAUGACCGCGCACGAAGCCGUAACUGCUAAUUUGGUCCUCAACAUGGCCUAUGCUGUAGGGCUGGCUGUGCUCACACCCACCUUCUGCUAAUCUUAUGGUUGUGGCAUUCGGUGACUUUGUAGAUAAUGAUGAAGCCCAAUAAGUGAUUUGGACAUCUGCCUGCACAGGUGCACACCUUUAGUCUCUCACCAAGCAUCUGCCUUUGUUUAUGCCACUGCCUCAUGAUCUCCAUAUUCUCACACUUCGAUGUCACUCAUUUUCCCAUGGCUUUGGAAAACUGAAUUUUAUGGUCACUGUUGUCACGUUUUUACCAGAUUACCGAAAAGGCCGAUUAAGACGCAUUUGCUCGAGGUCUGCCUAUCUCUUGUCUCCGUUUCCGGAAAUCCACCGGCUUCCCUUCUCGGAUCUGUUGUUCAAGGACGUCAGCACGAUUCCCUUGCGUAUAGUCUAUUAGCGCUUCAAGCUUGAGGGUUGACUACUCCGAGACCUAUUGUAUGUCUAGACCGAGACCCCAAUUCAGGCCACAUAACGAACCCUUUUGCAGAAUUUCAGCAAAAAUGUAGACUUUCCUGUAUGUAUGCGCAUAAGGUUGGCUUUUUGGGAGGUAUUUCUUCCCCAUUGUCUCAGUGCUUUCCAUCGAUCCAUUUCGGUUCAUACCUCUGUAGAUGACAGUUACAGUCUUUUUGGCCUGUAAAUAUCUAUCCUUCACAAACUAUCAAAAAGGAGACGAGGAGCGAGGACUACGUGACUUCAGCCAAAGUCCAGGAUAACCACAGGGCUCAAUACGAGGUCCUAACUGAAUGCCUUGCGGAUAAGCGAAGACCGAUGAGAAAUUGACUGAAGUCUUCAUGCAUAAUUAUGAGUGGAAUAUAUCACGAAAAUGGAGUUCCGAUGCACAUCAGUGCAGAAGACAGAUUAAGUAGUCAUGUAAAGGAGAAGAGAGACUGGAAUGACGGUUUCUCAGCUUAUUUUUCACUAGUCAAACUCCGGCCCUAGGCCGGAAAGACCCGGAGUUUGAACCUAAUUUCUUCACCCAUUGGGUCAAAGUGCUGUACUACUAAGUCACAGGCUCACGUCCUGGUGGUUGCGAUCCAGAGUAUUUGAGGUUAUAGGUGAGUUGCGUUCGUCCAUCUGUUGUGAUAUCAGGCCGGAGUUCGGGCGUCCCUCUCUCCAGGAGCUGCGGUUCAGAGCCCUUCAAGGCGUGGCGCAGCAGCAGGCAACUGGCGAUCUAUUAUAUUAAAAUUAUAAAUAUUAAUUAUAUUAACAUUAAUGUAUUGGUUGAUGAUCGGGUAUACCUCUCGGUAGUUGAUUGCCCAUCUCUGUACUACGUUUUGCCUACACUAUGAGCCACCACUAUGUUCGUCUCGCUGCCAGGCCUCGCCUAGAAAACGCCUUCUGGUACCAAGCUCGUGCAAAUUCGUAAUACAGGGACCCUCUCUCCAAGUGUCCCCCAUUAACCAAGUUCUUAAUCUACCCACAGUACUCAAUUGCGCUGUUAUUUAUGGACUGCCUUUCCACUUACAGUGGAUUUGCUAACUCAUGGAAUGUGUCAAAAUUUACGAAACAUUGUGGAUUAGUCGCAAACCGACAUAAACGGAUGCACCAAAGUUUUGAAAUAACAGUGAACGCCUUUAAGCGAAUUGAAAACAAAAGAAAUACCAAAAUUUGUCAUAACUGUGUAAACUUCAGUUUUAGGUGUACUUAAAGCCUAUCUAUACAAGGGUGAGUAAUUUCAACAACACAAGUAGAAUAACGUUUGAAGACAGGCCUUUGGUAAAGUUUACAUUUGGAUAUCGUUCAGGAAUUAGUUUAAUGUCAGGCAUGGCGGUUAGCCAGAAGCCUACAGUUUGAGUUUUAAUCCUAAAACGGUCUCACGAGAACUGGCUGCACUUUUCCCGUUUUUACACUGAGAUGCGGUCGACUAAGGUAAACAGGAAUCUGCUUGAUUUUGCCGAUAGGGACCUCACAGAUCUGCAAAUAUUCCCAUGUUACAAUUGAAAAGUCAAUUUGGCAAACACGUGGUUUCGGUAACUCGUCAUCAGGCCAGAACAGUUGCAUAGAAGUUGAAAAUACUCGAAGUCACUGAGUCACUUAUAAACCAUGUGAACUUCGCAUAUUUUCAACUUCCAUGUAACUGUCUUGGCCUCAUGACGAGUUGCCGAAAACAUGUGUUUGCCAAAUUUUCUUUUCAAUUUCAUAAGAUCACAAAGUUCAGUCGUCAAAAUAUCAUUUUGAGUAUAUUAGGAGAAUUUUCCUUCCGUCAGAUUUCUUUGUUUUUUUUUCAUGUGCUAGAGUACGUCGAUUUCCCGAUCGGCGAAUAUUUCACGAUUAUAAGUGUUUUCAACCGAUUGCUCGUAAAGAAUGAUUCCGUGUUGUGCCUAUCAAAACCUUCAAAAUAAGAUAUUUAUUGAAAGCAUUUACGAAGUAGCCAUUGUAGCCUGACUAUCAGACCACCACUCGGCCGCUCCACACAAACACACAGUGAGCCAGCUACGAGACCAGAGUUCUCCCAUCAGUUGGCAACCUUCAAAGCCACGGCUUUUGGCGCACCCUGGUAGCUUUAAGCGCGUCAGAUUGUUUAUAGCAAGGAGAGCGCGCAGAGUCGUCGACUUCACUCUAUAUUCCCAUUUUCAGCCCUCAAUCACUGCCUGAGCCCGUCAGUUGGCAGGUACGGGAAUGAGCGCAGUGAUUGACAGAACCAAAGCUCGUUUGUUUGCGCCACAUGCACGACUUAGCUCCCCUAACGCAAGCACAAGGGAGAUAGAAUGCCCGGGUCUCACAUGUAGUAGCGGGGCCACAGGGAGAAAGGGGCCGAAAAGCACACUUCUCACUUGCGUAAGAAGUGCCGGUGACGUGGGAUUUUGGAGGGGUGUAUAUGUCGUGCAUAUGCUCGUCGGGGAGUGUGUGGUGAUGUGGUCGUGUUUGCGGUGAUUUACCGCCGGUUUUCAUAAAGGUGCAUGUGACCUAAUAGGCCUAUGCGCUGAGUGAAUGUGCGUGUACUGUGCGGGCAGUGGAGGCGGGUGUACGUCGGGGCAUUGGACGCUGGUGCAUCGGUGUCAGUGCGAUGAGUUCGCAAGGGACCGACCAGGCUGAUGCGUGAGGUGAAUGUGCGAUCGCAAUGAGGACAAGUUGGAACCGAGCCCACAUCGCUGGAGGUAGGGGGUUGUAGCGGUAAAGGUGUUUGUGGUUGACAUAACAUAGGAAACCGCCGAAAUACAAGGUAGCGUAGAUUUCCGCUCAAAUUAGAAAACAUUUUGACUGAGAAUUAUUUGUAAACGUAUUCUGCGUACAAAAACGACUUUUUCCGGAGCACGCUAGACGAAUAAAUAAAAUUUGCGAUAAUUGGGGUGCCUAAAAUUAGUCAUCUCAAUUUCCGUCAUCUCGUUUCACGAGUUAGGUCACAUGCCGUACGUUUUAUUUGCUGUACUGUGUCACUGUUCACGGCGUCGCAUGCUUCUCUGUUAGCGCCCAUUCUACAAACAAAGUUGCUGUCGCCUCCUGUGCCUGUGUUACCGCUCUUUUCUGACCGAAAAAUCUCAAUUUGUCCCCUUGUAGGGUGACUUGACUUCGCAGCAUCCGAGGGUUGAGUCUGGCGAUCAAUCGCGAGUAAAGUUGCGUCUAAAGCGGGUAAGUGCACCCGAUGAUCUUUUAUGACCACCUUCUCAUGCCUUCUUCAUCCACUAAUUCUUUUGCCCUCAUUAAUCCGCCUGCGUAGUGCUUGCUGUCCUCACCAGGUGUAAGUUUCCUCCUUAGCCCAAUGCCACUUAGCACGCAACCAGUACUUCACCCAUUUUUCUGGUCCCGGGUGUUGCUCCUUUCGCGUCGUGGCCCCUUCCUCUUUGCAAUCUGUGUUUGCACAGUCCGUGAUUACUCACACAUGACCUUGCCAUGUGUGUGCGCACCAAAAGCAUGAAUACAUGCGCACUCGUGGUCCUUACACACCCUGGCCUUGAAUUGCACCACUUUGUUCUCUGCCUGACGUAGUUGCUGUUUGUCGUCGAUCUCCGUCUUUUCGCUCCACCCCCCACCCUUUUGAUGCCACUCAACCCGCCAAAUGACGACUUUGCGUCUUAUUCAUGAGUUGGUUAAGUCAUCAUGUCCAUGCGCGUCUAAAAAUGACCCCCGUGUAUUAGUCGUAUGUAGCCUACAUGCUAGUGAAACCUUGAGAGCAGACGCUGAGCCACCGCGAUGAGUGUGACAGAAGGCCGCCUGUGGCCAUUUUAAUGGAAAUGGCUCUCUUGAGCUGUAGCCGUCAUUUUCAAUACUCGACAUGUGUUUGUACUCGGGGUAUCCCAUUUUUGGCAGAUGUUGUAUCCUCCUGAACUUUUUUCGGCUCAAAGUGAUGACAUUCCCCUCCCCACCUUGCUGGAAUCAUACCUGAUAUAACCGACCUCAAGGACGUCCUGAAUGAUACAUCUGUGCGCUGCAAUUGAUGGCGGCGGAUCUAAAGAGAUCGAUCAACCCUCUUUUGUGGCGACGUAGGGCGAACACCCGAGCUCCAUGAACAAUCUCCAUAUCUUGAUGGACUAUGCAGAGAAGUGGUACUGAUGAGGAUGAGGAAGAUUGGACUCUCCACUUCCGGCAUAUUUACUGUCAUCAACCGAGAUGACCCGAGGCUUGAACCCGGACCCUCUGUUCAUUCAUCCAUUCAUCGACCCCCCCCCCCCCCCC